AGGUGUGGUUAGAGCUCUAGAGUAAAGGUGCUGACCAUGUGACAGAGCUAAACAACAGAGCUGAAGGACAGCCCGAAAAAAGCACUAAAGGAAUUUGCAGGAUUUUUAUUAAGUUAGGUUGCUCCAGAGCUGUGAAACCAGUUUCUCUAUGGAAAACAACCAGGCAAAUAAACAUGUCUAUGACAACACAGGGUUUCAGCAUGACAUAGGAGAACCCCCUCCACAUUCUUAUCAUGCGUACCCCCAGAACUCCAGCUACAUUGCUGGCCCUACUCAGAUCAACACCCAGCAGAAUACACUUACCCCACGACAGAGAAAAGGUAAAAAGUCAUGUCCCUGGAAGUAUAUCCUCUGUGUGUGUCUGUGUGUGCUUAUCAUCUUGGUAGUGGCGGCCCUCUUGCUCUGGUACUUCUUAUAUUACCAGUGUCUAUUUGGGAAAUCAUGUGGACCUGGUGGGAGAUGUCUGAGCUCCACCCACUGGUGUAAUGGUGAAUUGGACUGUUUGAACGGAGAGGAUGAAUCUUACUGCUUUCGCCAAAAGGGGAACAACUUCUUGCUGCAAAGUUAUUCUUCAAUCACCAAGGCCUGGUUGCCUGUGUGUGCUGAGAACUGGAAUGACAACUAUGGGAAGACUGUGUGUAUGCAGAUGGGCUACAGGAGGCAGGAUUAUGUGAGCUCCAGUCAAAUAAGCCCUAGCACCUCAGCCCCAGAGGGAUACCUGAAGCUAAAGUUUGGAAGCAGCUAUGGAACUCUAAUACAGUCACAGCUCAUAUACAGCCCAGGGUGCUCAGCUAGAGCUGUUAAACUGCAAUGUUUAGAAUGUGGCAAGAGUUUAGCAGCUCCCAGCACUCGCAUCGUAGGUGGCACUCAGGCAUUGAAUGGAGCUUGGCCAUGGCAGGUCAGCCUCCAGAUUAAUGGCCGACAUAUGUGUGGAGGCACCAUCAUUAGCCCAAACUGGAUCCUGUCUGCAGCACACUGCUUCCAAAAAUACAACCGAGCCACAGAAUGGAGGGUAGUCUAUGGGGAUGUGAAGUUGUCAAAGAUGUCAUAUAGGGGGUCAGUUCAGAGGAUCAUUAAUCAUGAGGAUUUUGACUCUGUGACAAAUGCCUACGACAUUGCUUUGCUGAAACUCAAGCUGCCUGUGACUUUUACAGAAAGAGUGAGACCGGUGUGUCUCCCCAAUAGUGGCAUUAAUGUUAAUGCCGGUGCUCGAGCCUGGAUCACUGGAUGGGGAGCCUUGAUUUCAUCUGGGCCAACCCCUGAUACUUUAAAUCAAGCUCAGGUUACCAUUUACGAUAGAAAGACCUGUAAUGCUCCUUAUGUGUUGGAUGGGGAGGUCACUGAGACCAUGUUCUGCGCAGGCAAACUGGAAGGAGGCGUAGACACCUGCCAGGGUGACAGUGGAGGACCCCUGGUGGUUAACACAGGAGAUGUAUGGUGGCUGCUAGGGGAUACUAGCUGGGGUUAUGGAUGUGCUGUGAAGAACAAACCAGGCGUUUAUGGCAACAUAACCUACUUUAGUGAGUGGAUACAGAAACAAAUGCAGGAUGACUGACAAAGACAACUCUGAAGUUCCUCCCUAAGCACUUUGAAUCUAGAAUUUUGUGGAAACUUAUUCAUUAGAUUUUUUAUUACAGUAAAUAAUGAAAAUACGUUUUUUAAGUAAGUUUGUUUUUAUAUGCACAGUGUUUGCAUUUAGAAAAAAUCUAGCUAUUUAUUUGUACACGUACUUGAGAAGACUUGCUGGAUCUAUCUCAUCACCAAAAUACCUCCGUGUUCACCUGGAAGAGCUGCAGGAGGUGAAUUGGGAAGGAAUGGUCUAGGGACGUUUGCUUUGACUCCGUUUAACCUGUUAUCGUAAAAUCACCAUAAAUUGUGUGGGGGGAAAAACAUGUCAUUGUGUGUUUCUUUCCAUCUGAUAAAGGCCCCAAUUUGGCACAUUCAAUCUAAACCUGUACACACAAUCAAUGCGUUUUUUGCAUGAAUUUGAACUUAAACGUAAACCCUUGUUGAGCAACUAUGUAACCUGAUAAUUUAGCACAGAUUUAUUUGAAGAUGGAGUAUUGCCACUAGAAAUGAACGGUUAAACUUCUCCAUCUGGACGUGACAGGAAAAAGCCACUCACUUAUAUCAGAUGACAGCUUGGAAUAUGGUGUGACUUUACAGGAACUGCUCCGUUUCUGUGUUGGGAAAUGAGGAAACAGUUUGAGGAAAUAUUUUGAUUGAGAUUUUUUUAUUUAACUGGAAUUAUAAAUUGAAAUUCCAUGACAUCUUUUUCUACUUAAUUGUUUUGAAUUAUCUUAUUUCCUUUUCUCUCUCAUGAUAUUUGGAUUAUUCCCGCAACUGCAGAACUGUGUGAGGUGAUUUCCCAGAUGCUGCAUUGUAAAACUGCUGUAAAUGAUUCACAGAAUGUUUAUGGAACUCCUGAAAUAAAGCCUGAUUCAGAAAACA